CACUGUGUCAGUCAAUGUCAAGCUGACGUUAUCAGAUCAUCAUACAAUGACAAGUAGGUAUUAAGUAAAAUUUUUCGUAAAGGAUAUGGAUAAAAUUGCCACGGAAAAUCUCUUUUUAUUGGAAUUCUUGGUGGAUAAUGUGAAACUUGAACCUAAAUGCGAGUGUGAUGCACCUCCCGGGGAAAAAUGCGUUUCAUUUCAGUUUUUGGAUAACGCCCCUCUGGACGUGUGCGAGGCAGACUUCAACCCCAAAAACACCUACGAGGUCACAGAAAGCUCUAUCAAAAGUGGAAAAUCGUGCCUAUUCUCUUUAUCGCCGCAGCAAGCAACAGAGUGCAUGUCCAAGUUGGAUGUACUCGUCACAGUUUUCAAAAAAAUGCAGCCGGGAUGGUUACCGGAAAAAGUCGAAAUAGGAAGUGCUCUGAUAUCCAUCGCUAACUUAUUUACUGAACUCAUCGACAGCGUCUCUACUUCUGAUGGAGUCGCGCCUACCGCCAAAACCUUAAAAGAUGUUUUCGAUAUCAGCAAGGCAGAAGGUGAGGUUAUUGGAAAAAUUGGAGUCUACAUCAGGAUGUCUUGUUUCGGAAAACUGAUUGUCACCCAGUUCCAAAUGAAUUUGCAGGACAAGUCCGUACUUUUCAAAGACAAAGAGGGAAAGUCAUUGUACAGAUAUAAGAGGGCAGGAAAAGGUAAAGAAAAAUGUAGCCCUAGACAACAACAGCAAAAACAGAAUAUCGAGUGUCCAAAGGUCCCUUGCAGAGUAACUGAGCCACCUAACCAGCCUGAAGGAAGAAAUACCUGUUGUCCAUCUUCUCCUUGCUUUGAAUCAAGCGAAGGAAGAAAUACCUCCUGUCCAUUUUCUCCUUGUCCAAUGGAUCAAGGAACUCCAAGGCUCGACUCAUAUCCUCAAUCACAAGUACCAUGCAACGAGUGUGGGUCAUUACCAAACGCACCUUGUUGGCCCCAAGGCGACCCCAUGGGAGCGGGAAUGAUGGGGUAUCCCCAAAACAUGAUGACUCCUUGUUACGAGUGUGCUAGUAUGCCUUAUCCUCCAUGUAUGCCUAGCCAAGCAAGAGGGUUCAACCAACGUCCUAAUACCCCUUGUGAAGAAUGCGGUGGGUUGCUAGAGCCUCCAUGUGCUUUUGGACAAUUCGGACCGAGUUAUCAAGAGCCCGAGCCUGAAGGAAAUUACCAAGAAAUUGGUGCUGCAAUGGGAGGAAAUUCGCUGACCAUCCGCGUUCACAAGGAUAAGAACAAAGUGGAGCAAGUGGAUCCCAAUGCCUCUAUCGGCUCCGGCAGUAGCGACCGCUGUAUUUGUGUGCCUGGAAAACCCGGGAAGAAAGCGAAACAAGAACAAGUACUGUCCAUGAGGCCGGGUGUUACUCAGGGCAAUCAGAACAUGCCUUUCGCGUUCAAAAUGGGCGGAUCCGGCGCAAAUAACGGCAACAACGUUGUGGUAAACCCCCCGGUAGCUACUUCACCAGAUGGUACACAGUUCACGGAGUUCUCAGAUCCCAAUAAAGAGUUAUUUAUUCUUCGAAUCGGGAAGAAGAGCGAAGGAGUCGAUAAGAAACAGAAUUUAGAACUUGAAUUGUGCACUCCGAAAGGCAAAGAUCUGAAGCCCAUUCCCAAACAAGAAACGAGAGAUACUCAGUACGAUCCGCUGGAUGCCGGACCGGAAGAGGCUCCUAGCGGGAAAAAGGGGAAAGAUAAAGGGAAAGAAAAGGGCAAAGGGAAAGGCAAAGGAAAGAAGAAAUGAAGAUACAGUAUACGGGUUGUGAUAGUUGAAUACUGAGGCGGUAUUAUAAUUUUGCAAUGCCUGAUAGUGAUCAUUUUUCAAUUAAUCCUAUUUUCAGGAACCUAUUUGAUUAAAGAUGAUAUUCAACUCGAA